AUGGAGGGGGUGUCUUAUCUAUGCCCGCUCGCAGCGGAACUUGGGUGUGAUAAAACAUUUCCCUAUAAAAAGAAUGCAAUCAGACACGCUAAGGAGGUGGACGCCCGGCACUUCCCAUGCCCACGUGCAGACGAACUUAAUUGUCGCAAGAAUUUCGUCUCGGAAGAAGUUGCAGACGAUCAUGCUGCAAGUGCGCACGACCAAAGAGAGCCUUUGCCAUGCCCACGCGCGGACGACCUCGAAUGCAAGGAGACGUUUUACUCGAUAACGAAUGCACAGAGGCAUUCCAAGAAUGUGCACGGUGUUGACAAAUGGCGCUGCCCACGCGCAGAUGAGGUGGAUUGCCAAUUAACGUUUGGCUCGGAAAAAGAUGCAAAAAGGCAUGCUGACAAAGAAAACAAAACAAAACCUUUGCCGCGCCCUAGUGCAGAGGAGUUUGGAUGCGAGCAGACGUUUAAUUCGAAAAGGAAUGCAAAACAGCAUGAGAGGGUUCAUAAGCAAAUCAAAUGGCCCUGCCCGCGCGCAGAGGAAUUUGAAUGUCCAUGUUGA